AUGUACUGUACCUUGAAGAGCGUCGGCAGGAAAGGCAGUGCAAACCCCACGCUGCAUGCUUUAACUGCCGAGAACCACUUCCACAUCCCAAUUCCACACACCUUUAAACCUCAUCCGGAAUUUCUGGAGAAACUUAAGCGUUUCUAUCUUUCCGAUGGCUUCUCUGUCGAUUUUACGAAGACCACAGAGACCUCUAAUCAAAUCAACAAAUAUGUCAGUGAAAAGACACACGGCAAAAUCAGCAAGUUUAUUGAAAAACUGGAUCCAAGCACCAUCAUGUAUCUGCUCAGCUAUAUAUAUUUUAAGGGUAAAUGGUCCGUCCCAUUUAAACCCAAACAUACUAGAGAAGCUCAAUUCCAUGUGGAUGAAGAAACAACCGUUCCAGUUCAGAUGAUGUUUGUGAAGGAUGAUUUUUACAGCUAUUAUGAUCAUCAACUGUCUGUCAGCGUCCUUCGUUUGGAUUACAACGAUUCAUUCUCCAUGAUUCUGGCUCUGCCUGAUAAAAAUAUUACACUUUUGGAAGAGGCUUUGUGUCCACACCACAUAACCAAGUGGCAAAAAUGGAUGUCAGAACGUGAGUAUUUCAUCAGCCUCCCUAAACUGUCCCUAAAAACAUCAUAUUCCCUGAACAGCAUUCUGUCUGAAAUGGGAUUUAAGGAUAUGUUUACAGCUAAAGCUAACUUUUCUGGGAUUUCUGACCAGAACUUGUUAGUUUCUGAGGCUGCACAUAAAGCCACUCUAGAUGUGGAUGAAGCCGGAGCUGAAGCAACAGCAGUGACUGGAAUAGGCAUCACGCUCUUUUCUGCAAGACUAGUAUUGCUGACAUUUGAUCGGCCAUUUAUGAUCUUUAUCGUUGACCAAAAAGCAAACAAUGUCCUAUUUAUGGGGAAAAUUGUCAAUCCAGCAAAUUCUGAGGUCCGUCAGUAAUAAACAAAAACGUAUCUCUGCAUUUAGCUUUCUUAUAUAGCAUACAGGGUUGUAGUGAUCGAAGAGGGGGUAGGGAU